CCUCGGCAUUUAACGCACCUCGCUUCCCGCGUAGUGGACGCGCGCGAAGCGGGAGAUCGUCCGGAGGGACGAUUGCCAAUUAGCCGGGAGGAAAGGCACGCGAUUUGUUGCGGCGGGGCAUGCCCGGCAGCGCGCACACGUUGACACGGGGGGUACGCGCGGGUCCACGUAUAAAAGUUUUUCCCCGAGUCCGAGGGUAGUCCGGAGUGUGACUGGACUCGCUCGUGACACAACGAGGACUCACGGACUCAGCUGUAUCGCCGGGACCCGGAGCCGGGGCCGGGGUCGGGGGUCACCCCCGUCGUCGGGGCGUGCGCCCUUCGCGCGAAAUCAAACGUCGCCCUCCGCCCCGAUACGUUCGCGGCACGGCGCGCGAGAGAGGAGAUGACACCGCGGAGAUGAACCGGGGGGGUUUUCGAGGAAGGAGAGUCGAUGAGAGGGAGAAGGGGGGUGACGACUAACGAGGUCGGCCGAGAGGAGAUCAUUCAACGCGCUGAUCGGUGUGCGUCCCUUCGCCGAUCUCCGACCAGAUCGGAAACCAAUUCGAUCGUCCCGCGGCUUUCCUCCGCUCGUCUGGCGCGUAUACUCGUCGUACGAAACUGGUGGACGCGCCUCGCGCAUGUCAUCCCCCUUGUCGUAUCGGAAAUAGGAUGUAGCUUCAGCGCGGGCGCAACUCUCUCUCUCUCUCUCCCUCUGUCUUUCUCUUCUCUAUGCGGGCGAGGGACGAAAUUCGAAUCGCGUCGCGAUGCAGACGCCGAAAGACGAUCAGCGGACAGCGAUCAUCGAUCGUCGCUCGUACCCCAUCAGGCGUGCUCGACCGCGGGGUGAUCUGAUUUGAGUAACAGGAUCGUCGUGUUUGCUUUCAGGCAAGACGAAUUGUUCGCCAUUGCGCUAAAUCCCCCGACAUGGCGAGCGACGUCCUCACCACCGACGUUAAACUGUCGCGAUGUAACAAUCAGCCGUGGGGCUUUCGGCUCUCCGGAGGCGUGGACUUCGCUUUUCCUUUAACCGUCGUCAGGGUGACGAUCGAAGGCCUGGCCCACACAGCUGGUCUGCAAGCGGGCGACGUGAUCGUCCGCCUGAACGGAGAGCCAAUAAGUCAACUCACACACGCGCAAGUCCACAAUAAGCUCGUCGGCGCCGGCGACGAUAUCGUUCUAUCUGUUGUGCGAAGUCACGAGAUCGCGCGACGACAACGGGGACAAUAACGAUAUAUCCCCUCGCCGACGAGCUUCGUCUCCGCGAGCUCUCAUACCCGACGAAUAGAAGCGCGAAUAAAAGCGGAAAAGUCCCGGACGCACGUGUCCGGAUCGCGAUGCGAAGCGCGCGACAUGUAAGACAAGAUGAGUGGAAUAAAAUUGAUGGAAAAUACCGA